GACACAACCGAAAACCAAAAGAAAAGUCAACUAAGCUACACAAAAAAUACAAAGUCCAAAAUAAGAUCAUCUUUUACUACCGUAAUAAAAUUCGCAAAAGAAAAGAAAAAAACAAAAAUUGUAAACAAAUCAAUUUUACAAUAAAUUCCAUUCUGUUCUUUUUAAUUGUUUAAAACAUAAGAACAACAAUAAUAAACUACACAUGAAACAUGACAUCGCUCUUCACCAAAAUUCUACGACAAGCCUUUAAAACCUUCGACAAAUCCAACACUGCCUCAUUGAGUGCUAAUCUCAAGAUUCUUUAUCAAUUAACCGAACAAUUGACUUAUCGUGACAUCAACAUAAGCCCCGAAAUAUUCACCCAUGCCAAUAGUGCCGAAAAAGCUCCUUGCACUUACAUACAUGUCUUUCAAAGUGCCGAAGUCUCAAUGAGUGUCUUCAUUCUGAAGGCCAACUACACAAUGCCCCUCCAUGAUCAUCCAAUGAUGAAUGGCAUCCUGAAGGGAAUCUAUGGCAAUUUACUGAUAAAAAGUUACACUGCCAAGGUCAACAAUGCGGAGAGCGAGAGGAAAAGUAAUAAUCUGCUGUAUGACAAACUAGCCACCAAAAUAGAAGUCAGCGCAGAAGAACCGAGGCUGGUGACUCCUGAGUCAGAGUGUGCAGUGCUCACUCCAAUCGAAAGGAAUUUCCACGAGAUCACUGCUGUCGGUGAUGUUGCGGCGUUCUUUGAUAUCCUAAGCCCACCCUACGACACAGAUAUUCCAAUUUAUGGUCGAAGGAAAUGCCAUUUCUAUCAUCGCGUGAGCAUUGAUGAUGGGGAACGAAUCAUGCUCCACAGAAUGAUUCCAGACCCCGUGGACUACUAUUGUGAUACCGCUGAAGCCCCAGAAGCUGUCGUCGAAAGCCAAAAUACAUAUCUUGAAGUGUAUGGCCUUAGUGGCAGUCCUGGCAGCUCUAGUCCUUGAAGAUUCUACAUUUAAGCUAUUUAUAUAUAUAUAAUAUUGAUGAUGUGUUGGAGGAAAAACAGAAGAGAUAACGGUAAAUGAGGAAUGUAUUUUUUAGUAAUUUAAAAAUUAUUUAUUUAAACAAA